AUGGCAGUCUAGAGAAGAUCUGCCUUUUGCACCUCUUGUCAGUUUUAUGUGAAAGUUCUUACCUGUCAUUAAUAUUCCUACCAACUUGUUCAUCGAUAUUGUCUACACUUUUCGCCUCGUGUAGAAGCAGAUAUUGAAGUUCAGGGUCGAGUCCGGAUUAGUCGGGUUAAUGUUGUUUGAUUUGGCAACCCAGGGCUCCAGGGGCUGGUCCUCUUUAGAGCAGAGCUGGAGACUGAGCUUAUUUGUUGGCAUGUCUGGGAUAACUUCCAGGGAUCAAGACUUUCCCUGCGUAAUUUCUGUUCUUUGUUCUGAAGUGAUCGGGCGCUGUUGUGUCUCCAUCUGAGCCUGGAACACGCUUGCUGAGUUUCGGGACAAACUCGCACUGAGAGCGGAGAGAAACUGAAAGGAUCCCUGAAGGAACUGAGUGGCAUCUCGUUGAAGAAGUAAGAUGCACCGAUUUUGCGUUUUUGAGGCUCAGUGGCGCUGCUACAGAUGAAUGAAGUGAAUAUCUGAGCAAUGCUCUCCACAUGACAGAGCGCUUUUACUGCGCUUUAAACAAAUCCUGCUCUAGGCUGAAUUACACUCAUUUUCACAGGACGUCUUCUCUAGUAACCUGUAGCCUGAAAUCUGUAUUGGAGUAAUCGAGUUGGAUUAUUUGGAUUGAUUGAGGGUUAAAUAACAGCUGAUCUGAUGUUCUGAAAGUAUUCAACCUUGGGUACCAGUCAUCGGUAUGCGGAUACACUAGUCUACUGACCGUCCAUCUUAUGAAACUGUGUUGGUUUGUUUCAGCUUUGUCUUUUUCCUGAAGUUAAACUUGUAAAUAUGAGAGGGGAAGCCGUGUGGAGGCUCGUGUUUGUGUAUUGCUUGGCGUCAGCAGUGUUUGUGUUAGACUGUAGUGCAGCUGAUGCUGGUCUGAGACUCAACAAAGCACGGCGGCUGUCAACCAACUUGUCAAGACAGAGCUCUCUCUCCCGAGCAGCUCGGCCAGAAGUUAAUGAAAAACCAGAAGAAAUGCAAAAAGAUGAAGCCAGCACUAGUCAAAACAGAAGGGUGUUGAGCCGGACAAGAGGCAUGCAGGGUGGGUUGGGAAACCUCCAGAGGGAUGGUGGUGUGCCUGGAGCACGGGCUGCCCUGUCCCGCAUGCCCAGCUCUGCUGGAUCCCCCAAUCUGCUGGCCACGUUUGCAGGGAAAAAUCGUCUACUGGUCAUCUCAGCCCCUCAUGAAUCGGACGGCUAUUACAGGCUAAUGAUGAGCCUGCUCAAGCCAGAUGUGUAUUGUGAGCUGGCUGAACGACAUGUCCACCAGAUUGUGAUGUUUCACCAGGAGGGCGAGAUGGGUGGGAAAGUCAGACGCAUUACCAAUGUGGGCAAAGUGAUGGAGGAACCUCUGGAUACAGCACUCAUCCCCCGUCUCAUGAACUUCCUCAAGUUAGAAAAAGGGAAGUUUGGUAUGGUUCUCUUGAAAAAGACACUGCAGGUGGAGGAACGCUACCCAUAUCCAGUGAGGCUGGAGGCCAUGUACGAGGUCAUAGACCAGUCACCCAUGCGAAAGAUGGAGAAGGUUAGACAGAAGGGCUUUGUGCAGAAGUGUAGGGAGGCAGGGGAGGAGGGUCAGGUGGUUGAGGGCAUCCCCAGCACCCGAACUCCGGUGAACCCACCCAUUGUGAGAAGACCAGAGAGAAGAGAUGAACUAAACAGAAGACCAAACCAAGUCACCACCACAUCAUCUACUACUACAAGACCUACUACCACGACCACCCCAACAACUAAAACCACCACCACCACGACCCGGCCCCCUACCACUCGUCCCCCAACAACCAUCCACCUUACCACUAGUUCCACAAAGGCCACCACCAUCACCCAGAGGACAACAAAAGCUCACAUGACCCCACAAUGGGACCCCAACUCCAAGACCAAGAAUUACCAUUAUGAUAACAGGGACCAGUCUAAAAAAAACACUAUUCAACCAACCACUCCCUCUUACUUCUAUACCAAAGCUUACACUGCAAAAAAUGGAGACAAUCGUACUGACCGAAAGGACUACACUCGUAAACAAACUGGUAUCCUGCCAAGUCAACACAGGCCAAGCAAAUCUAAGCUAACUAAGAAAAAGAAAGGAGAUGGUGUUCUGAGUAAUGCAUAUGAAGAUAAGUAUGAUGUUGGCAAACCUACAGUCUCUUACCCAGUGGAAAAAGAGAUUGAGGGCGUUCCCAUCAAGAAAGUCAAGGACAAGCAGAACAAGGCAGAGAAAAAGAAGAAGAAGGACAAAUCAGACAAGCUGCCAAAGAAGGACAAGUCAAAAAGGAAAGGGAAGGAAGAUGGAGGAAAAUCACAGAGGAGAGAAGAGGAAGAGAAGAUUGGAAAAAAAAUGGAAAAGAAUAUUGAAAAAGAAAAAAAGGAUUACCAGAAGCCUACAAAGAAACCACCACCUCCUACGAAGGGAGCUCUGGCAACAUUCUUGGAAUAUUUUGAAAACAGAAGGCGGUUAAUUCUGAUUACUGCUCCAUCAGAGGAGAACAGCAUGUAUGUGCAGCAGAGGGAUGAAUACCUAGAACAUGUGUGUGAAAUGGCUAUCAGGAAGGUCUCUAUCAUCACCAUCUUUGGCACUUUGACCAACAGCACCAUGAAAAUUGAUCAUUACCAGCUUGAAAAUGACAAACCUAUGAAGGGCCUACGGCAAGAGGAUCUGGUGAACCAGGAGCUCAUCACAGAUCUGAGGAAAGAGUUCAGAAUGACCUACAAUGAUUUCUAUAUGGUGCUUACUGAUAUGGACAUGAAAUGGAAGCAAUUUUACGAGGUCCCAAUUGCCAUGAAGGCUGUAUUUGGCUACAUCGACACAUUCUCCUCUCGCAUCAGAGAAAUGGAGCAACAAAAGCGAGAUGGAGUGACAUGUAAAAAGGAAGACAAGCCACGAUCAUUGGAGAACUUCCUGUCCAGGUUCCGGUGGAGACGCAGACUUUUUGUGAUAUCGGCUCCCAAUGAUGAAGAGUGGGCCUAUCAGCAGCAACUCUAUGCCAUGUCCAGUCAGGCGUGCAACCUGGGGCUUCGUCAUAUUUCUGUUUUAAAGCUGCUGGGGACUGAAAUGAUAGAUAUGGGUGGAGUGUUGGAGCUCUACCCCAUUAAUGGCAGUGCGACAGUGGAGCGUGAGGGCUUGUCAGCAACACUAGUGAGAGACAUCAGGAAUUACUUCCAGAUCAGCCCUGAAUAUUUCUCCAUGUUGCUGGUGGGAAAGGAUGGCAAUGUGAAGUCUUGGUACCCAUCACCAAUGUGGUCCAUGGCCAACAUUUAUGACCUGAUUGACUCCAUGCAGCUACGUAGGCAGGAGAUGGCCAUCCAGCAGAGCCUGGGCAUGCGCUGCCCUGAGGACGAGUAUGGUUCCUAUGGCUACCACCAUGGUUACCACAACGGCUAUCAGGAGGGAUAUCACGAAGGAUAUGGUUACUAAAGGCUAUAAGUCAGUCUGUGAGCCAUCCAAAAGGGGUCGUAUUUUCCAGUGGACUGAAUUUCAGUGACAGAGGUCACAUACCAUAUUUCCUUUUUAACUGUUUUUUUUAUUAAUCAUCUGAAUUGAAACCUGUCUUUUUUCUUAUGUAGAUUUAUUAUCUAUCCUGGCCUGAGGAUAUAGUGUUUUAUGGCCAAUGACAUAAACUUUUGUAGUUUUUUUCUGGCUGAAAUGAUCAUUAUCAGGGUCACAGCUGGGUUUUUGUUAAUGGAAACUGAUUUGGAUUUUUGUUACUCCACUGUAAAUCACUGUUACAUACAUAUACUGUGUCCUUAUUUAUAAUGAUGUUAAUAAAAAAUAGCUUUAGGUUAUUAACA